UAAAUAUUUCAGGUUAGGUCAUAGGCAGUCCUCUGUGUUCUCAUCAGAGUUCAGCGUGGCUACUUGAAGCUGAGGCGAGACCGUAAGGAAUCGGAGUGGUGUUGACGAUCUCUUCAACAGAACUCAGAUACAAAAAGUUGGCUUCUUUACUGAAGAAAACAGUAGUCUUGACCAUCUAAAAUUCGACUUAAGAAUUCCAUUUAUUAUCAUUGACAGAAAGAGAAUUGCACUAGAAGCCCCUGCUUGAGUACAAAGAAAUUGCUCUGUCGACUACAGUAGUUGUUACAAUGUCUCUACUUUCAAAAUUACGCUGUAUCACUGUGGAUGUGACCGGAACCCUCAUAGCCUAUAAAGGAGAGCUUGGGGACUACUAUUGCAUGGCAGCCAAAGCUGUUGGACUACCUUGCCCUGACUACAAACGCGUGCAUGAGGGCUUUAAACAUGCAUACACAGAAAUGGCGAAGCAGUACCCGUGUUUUGGGUACCUGGUAAAAAUGCCUAAUAUAGUCUGGUGGAAAACUUGUGUGAGAGAUUCCUUUGUCAGGGCAGGGUAUGAUUAUGAUGAGGAGACAUUUGAGAAAAUAUUUAGACGUAUAUAUGCAUCUUUUGGUUCAUCGGCACCUUAUACUGUUUUCCCAGACUCACAGCCAUUUCUAAGAUGGGCACGAGAGCAGGGUCUAAAAGUAGGGAUUGUUAGCAAUGCAGAAUACCGUUACCAGGAUGUAAUUCUUCCUGCUCUGGGCUUGAACCUGGGAUCAGAAUGGGACUUUGGUGUAUUCUCUGGUCUUGAAGGUGUGGAGAAACCGAAUCCAAAGAUUUAUGAGAUUGCCCUUAUGAGAGCAGGCAAUAUUGCACCUGAGGAAACUCUGCAUAUCGGAGACAGCAUGCGCAAAGACUACCUUCCAGCAAAGAGCAUUGGAAUGAAAGCAUUGUUACUGGAUCGGUUUAAGACCUCCGCGGUGGAGGAUUGGAGACAAGCUGGCGCAACUGUACUCCCUGACCUGGUAACCGUCCAGGAAUUACUUAUUUCAGACAAGUUAACAUGUUAAACUCUCCUCUCAAAUUGGUACUUGCCAUAUUUUUACAGGCAGUAUUCCAAAUUUUUUCCAUUCUCACAAUUUUAAUAGAUUUGAUAUACAAGGUGCCGAGUUCUUUAGCUUUCA